GAGCAGAGCCAAAUUUUAGAUCUUCUUUUCCAAAUUUUCGAUCUCCUUGCCAGAAAUGACUGAUCCCACUAGACCUGAAUUUGACAUCUUGGACUCAGAAGGACUUGAGUACCACCGUUGGGUUUCUGAUGUAGAAAUGGCUUUCGUGGCUAAAGACUUCUCUGCCACACUUAAAGACCCCAGUGAAUUAAAAGAUGCACCAUCAAAAAAAGUUAAAGCAAAUGCUUUAAUGUUCCGAAGGCGACACAUUGACCCAAGUUUAUGUUGGAAAUAUCUUGAGUUGAAAACCCCCGAAGAACAGUGGGGUGCUCUUAAGUGAAGCUUUGGGAACAUUCAUGAUACUCUGCUCGCAGAACUGAAUGUGCAAUGGAAUGAAAUCCAUUUGCUAGACUUUCUUCAUUCUCUCCAUGCAUGAUGUUUUUGGAAUAAUUUCUUUUAUGUUUCUACCAAUUUCUUAGGAGUGUAUCGAAGACUAUUUAUUGCAUUUUUAGACUAUGUGGAAUUGUUUUAAAUUUGCAUUCAAUUUAAAUAAAUUAAGGGAUUUAUG